GAUUAGCCUGAUUAGCAUUUAUGCUAGCUCGCUAACCCACGGUUGUACACGAAAGCUGAGCUGAUUCGAGAUAGUCAUAACCUGCAAUCAUGGCAUCUGUUUUAGAUGCUCUCUGGGAAGACAGGGACGUCCGGUUUGACAUAACAGCACAGCAGAUGAAGACUCGUCCAGGAGAAGUUUUAAUAGACUGUCUGGACUCCAUAGAGGACACGAAAGGAAACAACGGGGACCGAGGACGACUGCUGGUAACAAACCUGAGAAUCAUUUGGCAUUCUUUGGCCCUCCCAAGGGUCAAUUUGUCUGUGGGUUACAACUCCAUCAUAAAUAUUACAACAAGGACAGCUAACUCAAAAUUAAGAGGUCAAACUGAAGCACUCUACAUCCUGACAAAGUCAAACAACACAAGAUUUGAGUUCAUUUUCACAAAUGUGGUACCUGGAAGUCCAAGGCUCUUUACUUCAGUCAUUGCUGUACACAGGGCCUAUGAGACAUCUAAAAUGUACAGGGAUCUAAAAUUGCGAGCUGCUCUCAUUCAGAACAAGCAGCUAAGACUUUUGCCCCGGGAACAAGUGUACGAUAAAAUUAAUGGAGUUUGGAACUUAUCCAGUGAUCAGGGUAACCUUGGUACCUUCUUUAUCACCAAUGUUCGCAUUGUGUGGCACGCCAACAUGAACGAGAGCUUCAAUGUCAGCAUUCCUUACCUUCAGAUUUGGUCUAUCAGAAUAAGAGACUCAAAGUUCGGCCUGGCUUUAGUGAUCGAGAGUUCCCGCCAGAGUGGUGGCUAUGUGCUCGGGUUCAAGAUUGACCCCGUGGAUAAACUUCAAGAUGCACUGAAGGAAAUCAACUCCUUACAUAAAGUUUACUCUGCAAACCCCAUCUUUGGAGUGGACUAUGAAAUGGAAGAAAAGCCCCAGCCGUUGGAUGAACUCACAGUGGAACAACCUCCUGAUGAUGUGGAAAUUGAGCCUGACGAGCAGACUGAUGCGUUUACUGCUUAUUUUGCUGAUGGAAAUAAGCAACAAGACCGUGAGCCCGUUUUCUCUGAUGAGCUGGGCCUCGCAGUGGAAAAACUGAAGGAUGGCUUCACACUUCAAGGACUGUGGGAAGUCAUGGGCUGAAAUGAUACGACACAUGUAUUUAGAUGAUUAUACAACUACAGUCUAUUUAUUUAAUUGUGGGUAAGUUGGAAAGUUGGAAAGUUGUACAGUUUACACAGAUACAUUUUCAUAAGAGGAAUAUGCUAAUAUACUAGUUAUAUAUUAGUUGUGUGAAUAUUUGAGUAAAACAUGUUUUCUUGUACAUAGAGUGAAUAGAAUUUGUACGGUCUCAGUUUGUAUGGUUCAAAUAAAUUUAACCAAAGC